AUGAACAGGGCGCGGAAUGAGUCUCGCAAGCUCCUCGCGCACAUCCUUUCGCAGUUGCAAGGCAGGCCGGUCCCUCCUUCACUCCUCUCUACGCUCGUGCUUGGCUCCGUUACCAAUGAGAAGGGCAACGGCUCGGUUAUCAAGUCGGUGAAAGGUGCAGUCAAGUACACCGGAACCUUGCCAGCCCGGCGUACCCAUCAACCUCUCCCUCAAGACGACAUCGAUUCGGAUGAAGAGGACGUCGAGGCGUUCAGCACCGACAUCACUCUUGACCUGAUCAACCAGUUAAAAGAUGUCUUGGUGCUCUCCAUAGCGCAUAGCUGGGAUAUCUUCUAUGACAGUAAUGUCCCACAGACGCAGCGAAGCAAUAGUGAGAAAAUUAGGGACUCGUUCCGUCGAAGGAGUCUCUCUGUCGGCCGAGGUCCUAGGUCUCGCUCGCCCUCCGUUGGCCGAGGAGAGUCCGACGGUGCCGUUCGGGCCCCGCAACUACUUUCCCAGUGUAUAUCAAUCCUAGCGUCUGUAAUUGCGGAAGAUUGCCGCUUCAAAAUAACUGCACCUCGCCCAUCUCGACCACCAAACUCCCUCCAAUUCGCCGUGCUCGACGUGGCGAGGUUUUUGCUGCAUACUCAUCGCCAUGAUCCACGGGUAAUCUCUCAGAUCGGGUUCGCUCUCUUGCCGGCCUUUAUGACCUUCAGUCCUGAGAUGCACACGCGACUCCUCGGUUUUCUUGAUGACGGUGUUCUUGGCAAUCUGCUGGCCGACUUGAGGAGCUACCAGGGCACUCGGCAGCUGCCCUCCCCCUCUGCAGAUUUAUCAUACGGCGACGCCCCCAGUAAUGAACCGCCUAUGGUUUCCAUUCUCGUGGACGAAGUCAAGGAGGAUUCGGCAGCCGCCCACACUGAUUCAAACUGGCGACGUUGGUUACGGGCGUUGUCCUCGGAAGACCUCGCCCUUCGGUCUACUUCGGCUCCAUUGCAAGACAUUGCCAUAUACCACUUGUCUUCCAUCAUACCUCCACUUCUCGCAUCUGUCCUAGAGCAUAUAGACCUUACCACUGCCAACUCCUCGACGCUACACAGAUUUCAUCGCCUUCUCAGCCACAUAGCCGAGAGCAAGCCAGAUGCUUAUCUCGACGCUCUCGCAGUCGUAGCUUACCACACCCCUCGCGCUCGAUAUGCCGCUAUCUCUCUCCUGCUCUCAUACUGGCCGCACGCGAUUGGGCACCUGACGGUCAGCAAGCCCUUCCCCACCAUCAACUACCACGAAGCUGUCGCGCGUGAAACCAGCGGUGUGCUCGUCUCCCGCCGACAUCAUGCGCACCCCUACUCGCACCAGUUUGUCCCAUGGCGCUUCAGAGUGUCCGGCCCAAGUAUCUUCUCCGGAGUGUCACAAAACGAUUGUCACUCGUGUGCAAAUACCAUCGAGGGCUUUGGCCUGCUCUGCCCAUUGUGUAUGUGCAUGGUGCACUUCGACUGCUACGACUAUCCCGACGGCAGCUUCUUCACGCAGUACGGGGUGGCGGCGGACCCGAGCGUCCAGAAGGUUGCCGUGCACAAGUUCUCACAUGUCCUCCCCCAGCGGUAUACCUCAGGACCCGAAGUGGUGCACAAGGAGCAGCAUGCGUUCAGGCCGGUGAACCUGUUCAGCCUGACGCUGUGCUUCGUCUGCAGGCUGCCGCUCUGGGGACCCGCACUGCAGGCGCUCAAAUGCGGGUCGUGCAAGCAGUUUGUCCACUCGUCUUGCUUGACAAGGGCGACCUCAGAGGACCUGCCGAGGUGUCGGUCCGCUGUCAUUGACGACACGUACAUGACGAUCUCAUGGAAGGCUUUGCGGCAGUCGUUUGCGGACCACUACCGAGAAGUCUUCCUCACUGAGGCAGAUCUGCCCGACCGAACGUACGAGGAACUUUCAGUCUUCCUCGCUGUGCUGUGGAUGCAAUUGCAGAUUCUGACGAACGGGCUGGCGCUCGGGUCUAUCGUCGUGAAGCAAGGCAACAAGGCCUCUGAGGAUAAGCACUUGGACGAGUUCGAACUGCACUACCUGGUCAAUCUUUACGAAGCCUACCUGUCAUCGCGUACCCCUCCCGUCUCUCAGGCUUUGUCUGAUCACUUUGCCGAGAACCGGCUUCGCCCCGCGGACGCGCAUAUAUUCUUCAACUGGAAUGUCUUGACGUUCGUCAUUAGCGUCGUGAAGUCACCUCCUUCAAGCGUCGAUAGCUCUAACUUCUCCUCGACGGACCUGCUCGCCCCCAGCAUGCCUGGACAGGACCGUGGCGAUGACAGCGGGUACCCAUACGAAGUCGUGACCCUCGCGCAUAUGCGCGAUCAGCUUGGUGACCAGCUCAACCUCCACUCAGAGGCCGCGGCGAAGUACCUCUUGUCCCACCUCCUACACCUUGGCUUCUUCCAGCGUGUAGAUGCGCAAGGGGUGCUCUUCGAUGGCGGGCCCCACCCAGAGCGUCUGCAGUGUUCGUUCCCCAUCCCUAUUGGCCUCGAAGUGUCGACGGAGGUCGAAACUUUGGUUGCAUCGAUCGAGGCGUGUUUGUCGAACAUCGACCUGUCCAUCAACGAAGCUGGUCUCUUACUCCUAUGCCGCAAGGUCUGGCCGGACGGCAUGUUGACGGAAUAUGCGUUGCGACGCUUGUCGAAGGCCGUUUUGUCCUGGAUUCUCGCCGAGGAUGACGACUUGGCGACGGUUCUUCGCGACUACGUCGCCCGUGGGUUGAGCAUACCGGGCGUGCGCUCUGGCGUCGACAUUCAGCCAUGGCCGAACACCACUCAAUCACGACCAACCGCCGCGAGCAGCGCGAACAAUGGUGGCGACUACGUCGCAGGACGACGCUCUCUCUCCUCUCGCUACGCUGCUAGGUGGCUCUUGGCUCUGCACGAUCAGGAUAUCGAGGUGUACGCCGUCAUGGUCUUCGAUCUGUUGGUUGAACUGUCCCAAGAGUUACCAGUCGCCGACGAAUUCUUCCUUGGGAAAGGUCGUGACCCCAUCGAGAAACGGGAGGCUGCUAUUACGGAGAGGAUCUUGCACUUGAUCCUCAAGCUGAGCCAGGUUUCUGUGCUAUACACGGCAUUCGACGACUUGUUCCAGAAGUGGCUGGAUCGCGCAUCGUCCUUGGAUGUUGAUCAACAGAUGCCCAUCGCCUCUCUAUCGAGGUUAUUUAAUCGCGAGUUUGACACAGCAUCGCAACGACUGAGUGCCUUGGGUGAAGCUCGUCUAAGCAUGACAGAGAAUCAAAGCCUCAUGACAAUCAAUCCGCUCAAGGUUAUUGUCGACAUCGCCACGAAGAGCAACGAGGGCUACGAUAACACGCUGCACUGGCUUUGCCUGUUCGUUCGAUCAGGGAUUGAAGUAUCCGUGCCGACCUUUAUGGAACUUGUCGGGCUUGGGAACCGGUUCGGUAUCUCCCUCGAAGUUUGCUCGCUUCUCAUCAAGGCGGCCCUGUGGUCGUGUUGGCUUAAGUCCAUGGGGCGCCAAGAUUUGCAGACAGUGGUAGCGACUAUUCACGCAGGCAUAGGCGCGCAGCUGGUGAUGUAUCUUCAAGCGCACCACAGGACAGACGAAGUAGUGCAGGUCAUACGGCAAUCACUGGCAACAUGCUUGCUACUCUAUGGUUGCGACAGGACGUUCCUUAUCUCAGCCGGUCUGAUCCUUGAAAGCGAGAUUCAAGGCUUGCCUUCAAGGAGAAAACUACAUGCCCGUGCUUCCACUGUCGCGGACCCCAUUAUUGUGAAUGCUGCCAUCGUUGACGCCCUCAAGUCGUAUGUCGAAACGGGGCUGCAAGAGGUGUCUUGCGUCGCUGCUAAGUUUCUGGACGCGUUCAUGCACCAUGCGCCCUUGGUUGAAUCCUACGAAGUGGACAACUUCAUCCUACGCAACGGAUCUGCGCUAUGCACUUGUGUGUGGCAUUUCUACUCUGUACAAGCUGCAGAGAUAUCCACGAUACGAACCGGUCUCCUGUUGCGGACACUGGUUGUCGAUGCACAACCUCUCCAGACUUUAUUGGAGAGUUUGUUCGAGAUGCGUGGAAGUUGGGAAGUCCGCUUGCAAGCGGUUGUUCAACUCUUCCGAAUAGUCGAGGAUGUCACGAGCCCUGCAUUCGUGGUCGAGGACCGACAGUGGCGCUCCAGUGUGAUUGACGUCUUCCGGUACUUCUUUGCUACAAUGUGGGAGGACGAGCGGGAAGAAGUCAGACUCGCGGUAGAUACGUGGACGCAAACUCUGCAAACAGCCCAUUUUGAAGCUAUUACCCUAUGCUGGGACGAGGCACUUGCGAAGUCCCCCAUACCCGAUCGCACGAAGCUGGUCUCAUUCCUGAACCAACUCCGGUCGCAUUUCCCGCAAUGGAGGUUGCUCUCCUGGAACGUUUUACUCGAGGCACUGUUGGAGAGCGAGUUCAUCCAGCGAAAUGGCGAUGACGAAGACGGACCCUUGUCCGCCCAUUUGUCCAUGUAUGGACUCCCUUCCGCAUCUCGCAAGACAAUGUUAGACGACCCGGACCUACAAUCUCUCCAGAACUCGCUGAUAUCUCUCGCUCUUCGGAUGAUUGCGGAGGGUAUUCCCAUCGAAGUCAGCCAGAUGCUCAAGCUGAAGGACCAUCUCGCCCGAACACUGGGCUUCGCCGAAGUGUCUAUGAUCACUAUCGGAACCACCAAUCAUUUCUUCGUUCAGUUCGGCAGUCUAGACGUCAUUCCCGAAGAGGCGUAUCCCUGCCUCAACGAGCUCAUGCUCACAUUGGACUCAGCCCAGCCCUACAGUCUUGUCUCAUCAAGUAUGGGUGGCCGUUAUUCUGACGAUGAGACCGGCGCAGCCGUCCUCGUGGGAUCGAUAUUCGUCGACCUCUUCUUGGAGACUUUCAUCCAAUGCGAGAACUUAGAGGCUCUUCCUCCCCUUACAUUGAAAAACCUCCUGAAGUCGCUCAUUAUCGUCAUCUAUAAGCAUGACUUCGACACUAGACCGUUAAAGCUGUUCCAGCCCCAACUGCGGCGAGCUGUCAAGCGUGCGCUGGAUCUGCUCUUGGAGGAGCUCAGCUACGACCUACGUCAACUCGUUCUAACUGCGUGUCAUGCAUUCAUCAAGAGGUGGCCACAUCUGAUCGGCAAUUUUGUGUGUGACGCGAUCGAGUCAACGAUAAGUCUCAUGGAAAAGACGAACUAUCACCAGCCUGGGGAUGACAUUCUCAUCGAGCAAACGAAGUCGUUCCUCCGCACAGUCCUCGGUUUAUAUGCGUUCAGUGGAGUCUUCUAUCUGCUAUGUAAACGUCGCCGUACGCCGGAGUUCUUCGCCAUCAUCAAGAGCAUUACUGGCCCGACAGUCAGAGCGGAGCACAACCCUCACCCGCACGAGACGUUGCGAGACGCUAUCUUGCGCGACACGCUGACAAGAGCGGUCGAAGGCGAUGACGAAGCCUUGCAGAUCGUCAUCGACAACGUCAAUACAUACGUGGAAGUUGUCCAUCACACAGAUUACUCGCUUUCCUUGAUGCAGUUUGUCGGCCUCAGCUUAGCUAACUUGACUCGAAAGACCGCGGACAUCCAUCACGGUCGUUUCGACCCUAGCCCUUUGCUACUGCUAGCAUGCAACCUGAUUCAGCACAACAAGGCGAACAGUAGAGAUCUUCUGCUCUACCUGGAGACCCUUCUCCGGUCCUCCUUGAUCCGCUUCAAUGUGUCGGUGGCUAGCUUGCGACGAGUGCUCCAUGUCACCACCACUCUCUACCGCAGGGCCGCCGCGAAGGCUGGACAAGCAACCCCGCAGAAAGCCCUUGUGAAUCCCAUCACCUCCGCCAUGUUCGAGAUCACAAGGGACAGCUUGAACGUCAAGGCACGCGUGACACACGCGACAUUGACUGCCCUGGUUGAGGCCUUGACACUCACGCCGGAUCGUGGAAGCGCGAAAGUCGCCUUCAUCCCAUUGGAGUCCCAGCUGACGUUAGCCCACGACGGCUUGGCCUACUUAUACCACGAGAGCACGUCCGACGGUUUGAUACAUUCCGACUUCAUCACAUCACAAGCUGUUGCGAAGAUGAUUAUGCAGGGCGCCGAGGUUCAACCCUCUUUGCUGACGAAUCUUGCGAAAAACCCCAUUACGGUCAGGGUAUGGAACAUCCUCUCACUAGCAGCGCUCUCCAGGUCAUCCGGGGCGUCUGCGGCGCUGCUCUUCGAACACUUCUCGACGUUCACGCUCGCCUACACCACCUCUCUUCUUCCGUACCAAACCGUGCACAUGCUGGACAGCCCGGAGGCCCAGGACCGCGCGCAUGCGGAUAUCAGCACCGCAUACGCGUCCAUCAAGCUAUGGCUUCUGCUCGCACGCAAGGCUGCAAGUGGACACCCGAGCCAUGACGCCAGCGGCACCCUGCAGGAUGGCGAGGGGUUAGCGGCGAAGAUGGUGUGGAACGAGCUGUGGCCGCCGUUCGAGAUGGUCGUCGUCGCGUUUGAGGCGGAUAGCCGAUCUGGCAACGUCUCGCCAGUCGCGUCCAGCAUCUGGACUUCUGUUGGGGACUUGUUCCUCUUCGUUCGUCAAUCCCGGUCUGUCAUCGCUUUGGAUACGGCUGUCCCUGCGCGGAUAUUGGAGCGUCUGAAGGGUGUGGUUCGGGGAGAUGUUGGCAAGGUCUUGAGAGUGGUAAGGAGCCUGAAGGAUGCACCGCCUGACGAUUCGUUGGACUACUUCGUUGGCCAGCUGUUAACGGAGAUUACCGCUGAAGAAAAGCUGCAGGCUGCAAAGCGUCAGAUCAACAUGGACAGGGGGAGAAGGGUCGCCAGUUGA